AUGUCAAUGAGCGCGCAUCGCUUUCCCACCGUCAUCCGCAUGAACGAGCCUGCAUCCAUCGUUCGUGUUACUCGCCUCUUCUCUCCUGCUUGUACCAAAACAUAAACAAGGACAACAACACACGGGGACAAGAUGUCAGGAAUGAACCAGGUGGUUGCUACAUUCUGGACGUUUCUUCUGCUCGCUGCGUUCCUGUGUGAGCCCGCUCUGUCCAAGGGAGGUCGUGGAGGGUCCCGGGGCUCCUCCCGGGGCUCCCACUCCCGCAGCUCCACAGCGGGGAGUCACCGGGCAGGAGGCGGCUAUGGUGGGAACCGCUCUCGCUUCAGGCCGGGGGGGCGGACCUCUCCUGUGAGGGUGGCAAGUGCGGCAGCAGCAGGGGCUGCCGUGGCGUUGAGUGCAGACAAAUGGUACGCCUCUGCCUACCGCCGCAGCAACACCGACAUCUCAGAUGACGACCUGGAUUUCUUUAACAGGACCAAUUACUUUUAUGCCCAAAUGUCAGGAUCCACUCAAAAUGGAUCUUCACUCUCUCAGCUGGUUUCUAUCCUUAUAGCAACGUUUUCCCCAAAAUAUGGGCUGUUACUGGACAGUAUACUGUAG